UAACGAUUUGAUCACUCAACAAAAUAUAGGAUUCCUGCAUGUCUGAUAAGAUGAAUAUGAGUCUUGACGACAUCAUCAUGAUGCAAUCUAAGAAAAACAAGUUUAUUAAUACCAAAAAUGGACGAGUUCAAGGAGGAUCGAUCAGGAAGCCAAAAUCAGGAGGUGGACUAAGAGGAAUUCAAAGUUCCCGCAACGGAACUGGAUUCAUUCAGAAGAGCAAAUUCAAACAGGAACACGCAUUGAAGCCGCCCAGCAAACCGACUUUUGUCAUGGUUUGCAAUUUGGAUUACGGCGUGGAUGAUGACGACAUCAUGGAGCUGUUCAAUCAAGACGGCCUGGUGGAGAAGGCUUUGGUCCACUAUGAUCGCAAUGGUAACUCAUUGGGCACCGCUCAAUUGUCGUUCAAAUUUCGCGAAGAUGCCUUCCAGAUCAUCAGGCAGUUCCACGGAGUCCGUUUGGACGGACGCCGAUUGAAAUUACAUCUCGUACGAAAUACACGCAAUUUCCGACGUCCUGAGAUCGAGGAUCUUUCCUCGCAGAUUGGUUCUUUCCAGACUCGUUCCAUGCGGAAUGGCUCUCAGAAGUCUCGUUCUUAUCGCAAGGGUUCCUUCCAUCCGCGGCCUUUCAAGAAAAAUAAGUCUCGAGCUUUCCAGCCUUUUUAGCGAAAUUGAUUCUUUGCCCAUCUACAGCCUCAAAUCAGAUCAGAAUUUUAUGCCGAAAACCAAUGGAGGGACGUUUCGGAUCGCAAAUAGAGCAUAAUAUACACAUCAUUUAACAUAAAUACACAUAUGAAAUAUGAAUCUUGGUAAAAGGGAAUAACAUUGUUCAAAUAAAAAUACAUGUACUUGUAUGAAGCGAA